AAGAAGAGUCUGCAUGCUUUCGAGCGAGUAGACUUACUUCCAGGCUAUUAGAUUUGUUGACUCGAAAAACCCAUUGGGCAAGGCCGAACUUGUCGGUAGCCACUCGCCCGUGGUGUUCUCUCUUUUUUACCCGACCCUACGCGAUACCCACUCGAUCCCUACGACAUUUGUCUAGAACAGAUUCGAAUGUCUUAAUAUUGAAGCCAGUUUGACUCAGUCGAAGCCGCCCCGAGAGACACAUCAUUUUUCGCGCCACCAACUUAGCCGCGUCGCAUGAUUAGUCUGCCAGAAUCCGAUAUCUACCUCCAGGGCCCUGCAUCUAACCCUUAGCCCGUCGAAUUCGGCGUACGCGUUUCUCGGUAUGGCGAACAGUUCGAUAGAAGCCUUACGAGGCGGGUGCCCCGCACCGUUUUUCAGCGAGCUCUCGUUUCCCGCAGAGGGCGGACACGUGGAGGGCCGACUCUGCGCGCCUGUCGGGCCCUUGAGCUGUUGUGUACCAUGCCCUAUGACGGAUUGGGCCUAUGCGGAUAACUUCACAACAGCAACGACGGCUGCAAACUGGGUUAAUGUUGUCGGUAUGGUCUGCUGUGGUUUCUUGUUAAUAUCAUGGAUCGUGCUCCCUGUCGAGAAGACUCAUCGUCACUAUCUAAGCAUCAGUCUCACAUGCGCUGUUGUUUUGAUGAAUCUGGGCUUCAUCAUCCCCUUGGCGGCGAAACCAGACCAAUGCUUUAACCAGAUAACUCCACAUGGAAUGGAUACGAGCUCGGUGUGCGCGGCCUCGGGGUCUUUCUUGCUCGCCGGAGGCUGGGCUGGUAUCAUGUGGAUUUUUCUGAGGGCGCUUUCUCUGCAUCUUCAGAUCUGCUGGCAAUUGGUCGUAGGCCGAAAUUACAUGCUCUUUUCCCAAGUCCUCGGCUGGGGGGUCCCCAUCAUCGGCCUCGUCGUUCUGCUCGUCUUCAGCGGGGUUUCCUUCCGGUUCGGCGCGACAUGUCACAUCAACCACGAGAACAGCUUGGCCGAUUUCUGGAUACCACUCUUGGUCUUUGCCGGACUCACCGUCAUCAUACAAUUCGCCACCUUUGGAUAUUGUAUCAAGGUCUAUCUCGCAUCUCUGGGCGACAACAGCACCACGACCGAGGGCUCUGGCAUGCCUUCGUACUCCAACAGUAUUCGCACCAUGACUCCUCGCCAGGCGUAUCGACGGGUGCGACGGGUGAUUCAACUUCAGUGGCGCGGUAUCGUAAUCGUGCUGGUCAUCAUUGCCGACGUGAUCUUCUUUGCCGUCAUCUUCGUCUUCAUGGACAAUACCGUACAGUCCGUCAAGACGAACCCGAACAAGGCCCUGGCGUGGGUAGCCUGCCUCGUGGCGUCCAACGGCGACAAGAACAAAUGCUUGGACAAGACGGAGGACUUGGUCGUUAACUUGCCGACCGUGAUGGCGGUUCUAGUACUGUUGGCCAUGAACGGUAUUUGGCUGCUCGUGCUCCUGGGUCGCUGGUCGAUGGUUACCGGCUGGAUCGAAUUGAUCGGCCCGCUCGUCGGCCUUCCGGGAAAGAAGGAGUUCGUGUCUGUAGAUGCGCGAAUGGAUAUCAAGCAGGAUUCCAGAUCUUAUGAAAUGUUGUCUCGCGAUUCCGGGGGGGCAGACACGGUGCUAACACCAAUUAGCGCGGCGAAGUCGCCGACCACACGAGACGGCCGACAGACACCCGAUUACUUCGGACCUCAGGCGGCGCGGUACCAACCCCACCAGCGAUCCUUCUCUUCACCCAGGCCGCCGCAGCAGCUCCAGUGGGAUACGAUGCCGUCCCACCCGCGGCCAACUUUCUCCCCGCCGCCACACUCGCCAUCGCGCUCGGAAGACUACGAUGGCAUCAACCCCUUAGGGAUGAAUAGGAUAGGCCAGGAAGAGGAGGCACAAUACAGGGCACCGGGGUCACCACGUAACCAGCCGGGAGUACCCGGUCACGGUCGCAGCCACGUUUUCAUUUGAGUUAUGUAUAUGUUUUAUACCAGCACGCGGGUUGCUUACCCGCCACAACAACCCCGUGCCCUCUUUCUCUCUCGUCUUCAGAAAACCAUAUCUUGGCAGCAUUGCGCCCUGGGCGGAUGGUGGGUUCGGGCUUCAAGCGUGGCGUCCUCGGAAAUCGGCGGAAUUUUGUGUAAACUAGGUUAAAAAAAAGGCUAUACUACGGGAAGACGCGUGCUCGAUCACAACGGGCUGCAGGCGACGCGCUGGGAAUCUAGGGAUGGGA